AUGACAUCACUAUUCUAGUAUUUUUCUGCAAAAAUACGAGUUGCGUGGAUUCGUGCCAUUGUUUAUUUUGAUUUGUAACUAUUUCAGAAAACAAUAACAGCAACAUUUAAUUUUACAUUGUUGUUUCCUAAAUUUGGAGUAACUGGUGCUGAUAGAAGUGUAAAAGUGUCAAAAAGACGAGAAACUAGGCUAUAACGGGGACUCCCGUUAAUCUAACAAUAUCGUCAAAAACUUAGAAUGCCUCAUGAUCUAAAAGAGUUGGGUGGAAGGAAGCCUGUAGUCAUGGCCCCUUUAUCCCCGACCCCCUGCGCGGAGAUCAGUGAUGAUGAGCUGGUCUCCAUCUCCGUCAGAGACCUGAACAGGCAGCUGAAGAUGAGAGGUCUCACCAGAGAUCAGAUUGUCAGAAUGAAACAGCGUCGUCGAACCCUAAAGAAUCGUGGCUACGCCGCCUCGUGCCGAAUCAAACGCAUUGAGCAGAAAGAUGAACUCGAGACUGAAAAGAGUCAGGAAUGGCAUGACAUGGAACUAAUGCAGGACGAAAACAACAGGAUUCGCGAAGAAGUUGAAGCUCUAAGAGGGAAAUACGAUGCGUUGAAACGCUUUGCCAUCAUGAAGAACAUUCCUUUGCCGCCAGAACUAGAAUUACUGCCUUAGUAUACUCGAAACUUAGGUUAAGGCUGUGUUUAAGGAAAGGUUAGGUUUAUGUGAUAUAAUGAAAGUGUUUCAUACCGGUAAGAUUUACACGAACAUUAACCUAGUGAUGUGAAAGUUAUUAAAAUUUGGUUUAUACAGUAAUGUCAUUGCUCGUAGAGAAUAUCGUUGUUAGCGACUAAAAAGCGUGUUUUUUUAGUCUAGAGGCUUACCAACGCGUCUUUAAGUAGAAUUAUUGUGGCCUGGAAGAGAGAUGCCGUUCUACGCUGUAUUGCGCUGUCCCGCUUCCUCAACCACUAUUAUUUUGCUUUAAAAAAUGUUGGUAGACUCUCUGGUUCUCUAUGAAUUGUAUGGUGGUGGUCGCUUGUAGAUUAAAUGUUGUCGAUUAAAAGAGUUACGCGGCCUCGUGUACUAGGUCUUGCGUUAUUGGUACUGAAAUUUUCAAUUCAGAUCUUUUUUGGAAUGUUUCCUAUACUUUGAAUUGGAGUUCAGAAAAGAUCUGAAUUAUAGUUAAAAAUUUAGAGUGCUAUUUAUACACAGAGGGUCGAGUGGGCGGUGUCUCAAUCACAGUAACUUCAGCUGGUUAAAACAAUCCCAUUUACAAAAUACAGUAUAUUUCUACUUGGCUUUUUAUCCCCGUAACUUAAGAAAACAGUGUUUAACCAAUCAAAAAACUUCGUCGGUUUGAAAAUUCGCUGGUUCGCUCCCGUCUGCUCCGCAAGACUCCUGAAAACUCCGUUUUAGUGCAACUACUCUUAUAACAAGUUACCUACAUCUGUAGUAAAUAAGAACAAUUAAACUUAUUAGAAAGUUACUAUUGUGGGCUCAAACGAUAAAAGCAAUAAGUAUUGAUAUAGUUAUCUCAAAUCGUAGACAGAUAAGAUAUUAUAAACAUUAUAAUGCAUGUCAUUUAAUUUGUGAGUCAUAAACUUCUGCCUAAUUUAGAUAGGCAAGUGACGGCUUAUAUAAAUUUGCCUAUUUUUCAGUUUUUGAACCUGUACUUAUAUACAUAACCACAAGAUACCUGAAAAACACAAUGUAUGCCAUUAGUUUUAAGUAUUUAUAAGGACUUAGUGUUAAGUGAAAUCAUAUUUAUAAAUAAAUACUUAGUUUUACACUA